GUGUCGGGUUCUGCCAGUGGUGGCGCUCGACCACCGGAAACAACACCGAGAUUUAAGAGAAGAAGAGCGCGGAAAGAAUGUAAACAUGAGAAAUGAAACAGCCGUUCAUAAUGCUCUGAAUAUACUGUAUUUAUCUCACUGAGGAGAAACAACUGAAAUGCCAUAGUACAGAUGGAGAUUAAAGAAGAACCCUGCAGAAUAAAAGAGGAAGUGACUGAGAAACUAAUAGGCCCUGUGGAGGUGGAGGAACUCAAACAGCCUCAUCAUUUCAAAAAUGAAGAUGCAAAUGCAGCUGAGCAAGAUUUCACACAGAAACAAGUGCAAACCGCUGAAGCUAAAGAGCUGUUCGCCUGCUCUGAGUGCGGUAAGAGUUACACAUAUAAAUCCUCCCUUAAAAAGCACAUGAGCGCUCACAGCGGAGAAAAGCUGUUCGCGUGUACUCAAUGCGGAAAGAGCUACAUGUAUAAAUCAGAUCUUAACAGACACUUUAAAGUUCACAACGGAGACAGACCUUAUAUAUGCAGCGAGUGCGGAAGCAGUUUCAUUUAUAAAGGACAUUUAAAGGAGCACAUGAAGAUUCACAGCGGAGAAAAACCCUUCACGUGCGCUCAAUGCGGAAACAGUUUCAUGUACAACAAAGACUUAAAUGCGCACAUGAAGAUUCACAGCGGGGAAGACAUGUUCGAGUGCACUCACUGUGGAAAGAAGUUCACACGUAAAGGACACUUGAACGUGCACCUGAGAGUUCACACUGAAGAUAAACCGUUCGCAUGCGCUGAAUGUGGGAAGAGCUUUAAAUACAAAAGCGUACUCAAUAAUCACCUGCACACUCAUGCUGAAGUCAAGUCGUUUAGCUGCGAUCAGUGCGGGAAAUCGUUUGUUUGUGCGUCAAACUUACGAACACAUCUUAAAGUUCACACUGGUGUGAAGCCUUACAUUUGUGCAUUUUGUGGAAAGAAGUUUCUACAUAUGAGUUAUUUAAAACUGCACCAGCACACUCACACUGGAGUGAAACCUCAUGCGUGUUCAGUCUGCGGGAAGAGCUUCGGUUUAUUAAGCAACCUAAAAAAGCACCAGAGGAUUCACACCGGAGAGAAACCGUACAUGUGCUCACACUGUGGGAAGAGUUUCUCCUGUUCGUCAGCUGUGAAAGCUCAUGAGAGGAUCCACACCGGAGAGAAGCCGUAUCCGUGCUCGUCGUGUGGGAGGAGGUUUGCUCUUUUUCAUAAUAUGCGAAGUCAUGAAAAAAAACACCGGCUAAAGUUGUCCUUGUAAGCAAAAGUUUGUGUGUUUGUUUUGUAAACCUGUAUAGUAAUCUGAAAUAUGACAUUAUAAUCAAAUCAGAUGCGUUAUAAUCUCAUAUAUUCAUGCUGCCAACACUGAGGGUUGAUUCUGUAAAAAAUGCUGGGCUCCACACAAUCGAUUUGUGGUUUUUUUGAGCUUAGAGCUGCACAAUAUAUUGUUUAAGCAUCAAGAUUGCAAUGUUUUAUUACAUUUAUUAUUAUUAUACACUCACCGCCGGCCAUUUUAUUAGGUAUACCUUUUUAGUACAGUGUUGGGCCCCCUUUUACCUUCAGAACUGCCUUAAUCCUUCGUGGCA